AUGGGUCCCUUUAGCAACCCUCUGCGGUCGCCGCAUGGGGGUACUGCCUCUACCUCGGCAGCCUCAACAUCAACGUCGCUCAAGUCGUCAUCGUCGCCGGCACUGGGCUCACCGUCACCUUCUUCGUCGACUUCGGCUUUCCAGCACGAGCAGCACCACGCACGGUCUGCAUCGUUCUCGUCGCCUUCGUUGGGGUGGAUCACCGGUAGAUCACCUACCAAAGGGGAGAAACUACCCAGUGAUCAACUGCUCGAGCUUACGAGGUGCGUGGCCAUCAGCUCGGAUCGUGGAGGUCGUGGCCAGUCCGCGCCGGUUCGAGGCCAUUCGGUGAUCUAUCUUGACGAGCUUGAUCACCGAACGCGCCUCAAAGGACUGGCCAUCUCGUACUGACUCCGACUUGAUCUCGGGUCCGGUAAACAGGUUCGCUCACAAGAAAGUCUGGAUAGACGAAAAGAUCAACGUCCGUCCCAUUCGCACCCAUCACCCAUCAUCCCACAUCACAUCCACAUCCGAGCUGACUUUUUCAUUUUCGUCCAUGUCGGAGCGAACAGUUUCUCGCUUCUCUCCCGCCGAUCAAUGUCACGGCUCCUGCACCGCCAGAGCCCUCGACGACGACGGCUGAGCAAUUGGAACAAUGGUGGACCGAACAUGAUCGCAUAGAAGAGCAGGUGCAGCAGUACGAUAUGGGUGAUCUCGCCCAUCUCAAACGACUCGCCAAAGGUCGGUUCUUCUCCGGGCGCUGAGCACGUGGGGAAGUCACUUUCGCAGUGCUGACGGCUACGAAAGCAUCUUUGGGCACGCAGAGGCGAGUCAAAAGGCCAUGUCACCCAAAGACACGGACUUGCUCGAGAUCACCUUGACCACGCUCUUUGCCGUCGACAAGUUGCUCAGUCUGCUCAAGAACCGGAGAAAAGCUUUGACCUUGCUCGAUCAUCGUCUCCAGUUGAGUUCUUCGGUCGUUCUGCUGGCUUGGGGGGAACUUUCACCGACAUCAUUCCAUCACAUUUACCCCACAGAUGGGAAUUCCAAGUCCAGCAAUGUUGGCAGUCGCAUCGAGCGAUCCUCGCGGACGUGCCUUCCUUCCUCUCCAAAUCGCGCUGGACCGUCCCACCGACCUCGGCACCUGCCCUCGUAUCUCCGACUUCACCGACCACCAGCUCGUUCCCGCUCGACCGUCGCUCCUCGAUCUUUCUCCCCUCUUCCCAUCCUUCCUCCUCCUCCCUCAACCGUACCCUCCGAACCGACACCCUCUCCCUCUCCCUAGCCACCUUCAAAUCCCGUCUCUACGAACUCUCGCACCAACUCCUCCCCGAAUCCGCCUCGACACUCGAUCAAUUGAUCGAUAAUACGCCCGAACCUUUACCGGAUGGUUUUCUGGACGAACAGGAUCGGUUGGAGGAUCGGAUCGAAUUGGAGACGCAAGGGUUGGAGAUGUUCUUGAUCGAGAUGAAGGCGCAGUGGGUGGUCGCGGAUUCGAUUUGGGACGGAUUGGGGCUCACGCUUGGGAUGUUGGAGAAGGCGAGGGAAGGCGUACUUGCAGCUGCGGAGGAGGGGGAAAAGAUGGAAGGAGUUGAGGAGCUGUUGAGGAACGCUAGGACGGGGUGGGAAUUGGGGAGGAAUCGAUUCCGCGGCGAACUCAUCAUGCCCAAUCAUCCGACCGUACACGACCAAGCGGACGAGAACAAGAGGUUGUCGCGGACGUUCGAGAGAGCGAUUCGUAAGAUCGAGGCUGAGCUUUUGGAGGUUGAGACAUUGGUGGGGGAACAUAAGCGGGCUGUUGAGGUGCUGAGGAGGGCCGAUGAGAUGGGACAAGAGCUCGAGCGGGUCACGGUCGCGUUGGAUGCCUUCGUGGAGGCUGAAAGGGGUUUGAGUGGGAGACCGGAUUUGGACGAUGCCAGGUGCUUGGAUCUCGAUGCGGCGGGGUUCGAAAGGGUUCAAGAAGGGUUGACGAGCAAGGUCAAGGUCGAUUUGCUGGAUCCGUUGCCGACUUUGGUCCAAACCGCCAAUUCGAUCAUUGUGGAUCUAGGCAAGUUACCGACAAGGUUCACCACGUCGAAAGAGGUUCGUAAGUCGGUGAAGCUGCGCUUGAAUGAGCUCAUGGAGGGUCGGACUCGAGUCGAGAAGGUUUUGCGACUGGCGCAGGAGAGCAAGAAGUGCUUGGAGGCCGCGCAGAACUUGAGCAACGCGACAAAGGAAUGUAUAGCGCUCGUCCAGGGGGUCAAACAGAGGUUCUCGAAGAGAAUAGAAGACGUCAAGUGGCAUCCGUUUCGAUCGUCCCCUUUGUCACCGAGCGAGGACUCUGGCGAGUUGCGUCUAGCACUUACGCAGGUUAACACACAAAUCGCAAAGCUCAUUCCGCAGCCCUUCGAAGUCGCGCGAGAAUGCCUCGCCACGCCUCAUCCGGGGCUGUACCAGCACCUCGCUUCCCUCGUCGACGAAUUGCACGAUCGAUCGGAUGAGCUCAAGAACCUGGAUGCGACGCUGGAGAGCGUGGAAAGCCAAACGGCUGCGGCCGAGGGGAUCGUGCAAGAGUUUAAGGAGGCAGAAGCCGAACUGGAAGACAUUCGAGUGGAGAUCGCUUCGCGGGGGAACGAAACGAACGUCGAAGAACUUGCUCAAUUGGAAUAUCGACUGGGCUCAGAAAUCGAUCGAAUCGAGCAGCGUAUCGUAACCACUUCGGAUGGGAUCCACGAACGAGUCACCUUCUUGUCGACCCGGUAUGAAGCGAAGAAAUUAGCAGAACAAGACUCACUCGUGCGGCAGGGGUUGAACGAAGCGGUCCUGCGGAGUCGGGCGGCUGUGGUGGAGGUACGGGGGAGGCUGGAGGUGCUAGGGCAUCGACGUGAAGGCUUGAUAUGGGAUGGGCAGCAUGGGAAGGCUGCGGGGGAUUUGGCUGCUUUGCGAGUUCGGCUCGAUCAAGCGCAACGGGACUUCAGUGCAAGAAGCACUGAUGACCCAGGUGGGUGUGCAAAUCGCCCUCGUAAUGAUUGGGAUAUUUAGCUGAUCACGCACCUUUUGACGGUACUCAGAUACCUUGGAUCAACACACUAAACGUAUUGCCGACCUCAAAUCACAUCAUCAGUUGCUCCGUCCCGUACUCGAUGAUCUCACGUUCUCGCAUUCGGCCCUCAGUUCGACCAGGCACGCCGAAGCACGAUAUCCUCAACUUGAACGGACCAAAGCGCACCACGACAUCAUUGGCAGCUCCAUCACCGAAUUUGAGCGCUCGAUUGAACAAGCUGGGGUCGCGUACGAAGUUCGACAAGCGGCUGAAUCACAAGCUGCCCUUGAAGCCUCGGCAGCGGCUAUGGCGGCGCGUCGGGUGCAACUUCUUGCUGAGGCGGUGAGCUUGAAGUCUGAGGCAACGGCGCUCGUUGAGGAUGCUACAAAGGUGACGGCGAAAACAGAGGAAAGGGAAACGACGACGAAGGAGCAGCGUACGAUGUUGCUCGCGUCGCAGGACUUGUCACUCGAGUCGGAUGUCGAUCCGAGUUUCGUAGAAGAGUCGGAGCAGCAAUUGGUCGAACUGCAAGCACGCCUGGCCGAGCUCGAGGGACGAAAAACUGCGCUACACACACAACUUGAUCAAGAGUCGGGAGACGAAAGUGAUGAUCUGGUGGCAACUCGAUUUUUUCUGUCCGAAUGCGAUACUCAGGUGGACUGUUCGAGUACAUUGCUCGAUACGCUGCAACAUCACGUCGAAACGAGUCGGCUGCGACAAGGCGAUUGGAUUGCAGCUCGACAAGCUCGUGUCGAGGCUAGACAGCGAUAUUCUAGCCUCCAAAAAAGGAUUGAGGAUGUUCUCGCUGGAAUGAGCCGAGAUGAACAAGAGGUCGAACAGUCAUCGACGGCAAGGAGGCUCGCUUUGGAUAAGGUCGUCGAACAAAGGGCCAACUUGUCCCAGGCUCGGCACGACCUCCUUUCUUCGUCUGACUUCAACAACUCGAUCCCUAGCCCGGCUAUGGAUGUAGCGGGUGAGAAAAUUCAUCUUGAACAAGAUCUUAUUCGACUGGAACAGCUCCGACAACGCGCUGAGGCCAGAAUACGAGCGCGCCAGGCCAUCGUCGAGGAUUUGCACACGUUGUCGAGUGACGGUGAGGAGGGAGUCGAGCCGCUUGUGUCGCUAACGGAACGGUCGCAAGCCCUCGAUAAGCGAUUGGAGGACCACUCGGCGUCGUUGGCCGAAUUUACGACUGUCUUGAGAGGCAUUGCAUCGGACGAGCAAGACUGGUCAGAACGACGUACGGCUUUGCAUGAGGAGCAAAGAAGACGGAAAGAAGAGGACCAACGUCUGGAUCGGGAGGCACGGACGAAGGAGCGCUCGACUGAGAUCGUCAAGAUGGAGCAAAUACUCGAGCAAGUGGAACAGAAGCUGCGAGAGCAGCAAUACGCGAUUGCUGAAUAUAAUGUGAGUUGAGUGCGAGGUUCUUGACGGGAUUUAUUUUGCGUGUGUUGAUCAUUCGAAAACAAUCACAGGCACUCCUUGAGGUUCCAGCGCUGGACGCUUCACCACGAGACCUGGCCAAGGCAGUCGAGGAUCUCCAACGAGCGGAUGUCUUCGACCUUACCAAGAACGAUCUGGCCACAAUCGAGGAUCGUCGCACGGCAUUGCUACUCGCAGCACGGGAACACGAGGAGGAGAAAGCAGUGACCACACAACUCGAGCCCCUCGACGAUCGUGUUCUUUUGACACAUUCAAUGCUCGAGUCGGUCCGUUUGGGGUGGAAAGCUUGCUUGGAAGCGUUGAGCUCGCGCUUGUUCGAGGUUGAAAGGGUGCAGGAGAACGCACGAUCGGGGACGACGACCUCCACGACACGUUCGCCCUCCGUCGCGCAACUUCGUGAAGACGGCUUGCCUCGGGUUAGAGAGGAGCACGCCGAGACCAGCGAUGCGGCGUCGCAUGGAACGCUUCCUGGAUCAAGUGGUCGAAAUCUCUUUGGAGCGCCUCAGCAUGUCGUUGACGUCUUUGGAACCAAGUCUUCGGCGCCGCCUUACGAAUUCGAUACCACGCCUGAGGAGUCAUUCGAGGUCAUCUCGCUUCGAGAGCAGCUCGACGCAAUUGCUGUCGACGUUUGGUUGGACUCGAAGGCCGCUCAGCGACUCCCAACAGCGGAAGAAGUUGUUCAGAUCAAAGUGCAGGUCUCACGAGUCGACGCGGACCUUCAUGCGUUUGAGAGCGAUACGAGUGGUGCGGGUGUGUGGGCCGAUCUCGACCCAUUGAAAGAACAGCUCAAGCGCAAGACAAACAGUCUCGGCCAGGUCGAGAAGCUCGGUCACUUCAGUAAUCUCGUUGUGCAGGCGGAUAAGACGCUCAGCAAGCUACUCAUCGUUAUCGACUCGGUUACGAUGGAAUCCGCCGACUUGGACGACGCGAGCUCGACGUCUUCCCUGGCUAGUGAUGGCGAUUCUCUGGCGACGGCGACAGAGUACCCCGUUCCCGAGGCGCUGAGGCUGGCUGGUGAAGCUGUCACGCUCGUGCGCAAGAGCGCAAUCCCCUUUAUCGACGACGAUCGCGUGACCAAGAACGUCGAACGGAUUGAAGAGACGUACGGCGAGAUGUCGUCGAUGGCGAUGGACCUCGUGCCACGAUCGCCCUCGCUGCCGAGCAGCAGUGGAGACGGCAUGUCGGACGCUGGAACCGAGCAUGCGGCGCACGUUGCCAAGGCCCUCUCCAACAGCACUCGAUCCGCGUCGUCCUUGAGCUACGUCUCUUCUUCGGCUUCCGAUUCGUCGAGUCGAGCUUCUUCGGCACAGUCGAAUGCCUCCACCACGAGAACCCCCACGCGACCCCUGCGGCUUCCCUUCAUGGGAGACCCCGAAGCGACCCCUCGUCGCCGCCCUUUCUUGCCCAGCAUCGAUGCUUCUCCUGCUUCUGCCAAGUCGGGUGUUCCUCCUGUACCCUCGUUUGGCUCCUCCGUCAAGGCUCGGGCUACCCAUCGAUCCGUCUCUUACAACCCUCCCUCUACGACGAAGCCGGUAUCGACAUCGCGCCGAUCCAAUCGGCACGCCUCGAACUCGAAUACGUUCGACAGCCAUAGUAUGCCUCUUUCCUUGGAUGCUCCCCGCGGCAGCACCAGCUCCCGCUCUGCGCCUCGAAUGUCGCCGCGUCGUACCUCCAAGUCCUCCGCCCGGCCUCCACCACGAGCGCUGUUCGAUCAGGCGUCGACGUCGAAGAGCAAGCGCAAGUACCGUGCCAAUCCAUCACGACAAGUUGAUGUCGAGGUCGGCCGAAUCGUCAACGAGCUUGAUGUAAGUCGAGUCGAAAGCCCGUGCCUGACAGGAUUUGUCGUACUCACGUUGACUCGGUUCCUGCAGAUUGAUGUACCGAUUCAAGCUGCCGAAGACGCCCAGGGCUCGGACAGUGGACUGUACUGGAUCGGAGAUAGUGACACGGGUCGGUACUUCUACUGCCGCAUCUUGCGCUCCAAGACGGUCAUGGUUCGCGUUGGUGGGGGGUGGGAGAAUCUUCACCAGUGAGUCCUAUUUUUUUUACCGGCGUCGCCGAUUGCUCUGAUUUGCUGACGAUCGUCUCUGUAUUUCUCGUCUUAGUUUCAUCGUGACUCGGUUCAAUUCCAACAGCGUGGUCAAUCUGUCUCCUCAACUGUCGCCCACUUCAGCUCGACAGCGGAGCCCAGAGCCGAAGUGGAUCACGGGUGGCGGCAGCGAGCGCGAGUCCGGCAGUCUCGCCGGUCGCACAAACCUCACACCUUCCCGACUGGGGUCGAGUCGGCGCGUCUCGGAGCAACACCUCUCACCUCGCCUGUCGAACAGCUCGAAGCUUGCUUCAUCGCGAUCGUCGUUGUUGUCCGUGUCGGCUUCUUCAUUUACCGACUCGCUCGCGCUCGGAGUGGCGACGGGAUCUUCGUCGAGAUCGCGUCGGAGCUCGGUUUCGCAUCAUUUUGCUGGCGGAUCCGAGUCGCGUGCUUUUCUCGCGGCUGGCUCCCCCAAUAUAAGUGGUCUUGUGCAUGGGAGUCGUCCGACCAGUCGGAACACAAUGUCUUUGAGUACGAGCGGGAGCAGUGGUACGCCAACCGUCAAAUCGCCAUGGCGGCCUUGA